AUGCUAUACAGCAGCACACGUCGUCCCGUCACAAAAAGGUCGUCAUACCGUCCAAGUCAAGUGAACAGCUCCUUUUCUGGAAGCUCAACAGCUGGGGCUGAGCACGGCAUCAGCAGACCGAGAUCCGGAAACCUGUCCGUUUUUUCUUUCGUCUUGUGGCCAGACCACUGGUCCACAAAGCUUCGUCUGUUCAUUCGAUCGGCACCGCGAGUCACUCCUGAUGACCAUCGCACGAAGGCGUUUGUCGCAAACCCGACAACGACGACGACGGACCCGUCUGGAUCCGUGACGACAGACUCCUUCAAGAUUCGUCCGCGUUCCCAUCGCCAUCCAUCGGUCGCUGUCGCGCCUUCUGACGCACGCAAGAAAACGCAUCCAACAAACAGCGGGACUUGA